AUGGCCGGUCUCAACUCGCUCCCAGAAGAACUUCUCGACAAGAUACUCCGCUGCCUCAGAGUAGGACCUGUCGAUACCAAAGCAAUGGCGACUCUGUCCCUAGUAUCGAGAAAGUUCCACCGGAUAGUCGAGCCCCACCUGUACCACAACAUAACGGCCUCAUGCUUUCAUUCAGAUCAUGGUCACACCCAGGGAAACAUCCACGAUUUAACUCAGACACUCAGUCAGGAUCCGUAUCUGGCAGGGCUAGUCCGGGUUCUCAAGGCGCGUCGUGAUAAGGAACCGCAGAAGAACGAUGUGCUUGACAAGAUACGAGCUCAACCCGACAGAACCAUACGAGCUUGGUCACUUGCGAGACAAUAUAGCACCUGGGAAGCAGCCGCCGUUCUCUCUCAAUCUCUACUGGACGUGUUCACUCCCUUGCUUCCGAAACUUACGACUUUGGACCUUACUGAAUACCGAUGGGCUCAAGACCAAUCGUGCAUGAUAGGAUUUGUAGCGGAUCUACCUCGACGACACCCCCAACUAAAACAAUUAGGCCUCCGCCUCAAAGCCACGCAUUCUGUACUGGCCUUGUCACAGGCCUUUGCACAUCCAACGAUCGAGCGCCUAAGCUUACAACGGGGGCAGUUCAUAAGCUUUGCACAGUACUGGAACCAUUGGGGCCAACAGAAUUCCAAAGUCAAGCAUCUGCAGCUUGGAGCCGCAAGGGGAUCGCAUAAUAUUUCGCACGUUGCCCUCCUCCAGGACGCUUGCCCUGCGCUAGAAGACCUCACGCUGUGCGUGAGUCGCGGAGACCACAUGUUAGCCGACGUGAUAUCGAUUCUGACAGCCUUCAAAGGUGCUCUUGGGCGUAGCACUGUUCGAAGGGUCGAGAUUUGGAGCUAUCUCGGCGACCGGUAUAUGGCUAUAGCUGCCUUCAAAAACCCACAUAACACCAUGUCUUUUCGAAAAGUGUGGCGCAAAUGGAGUUGUAUGACUUGGAGUUUGAAAGGCACUGAAGGACACCAAGACGAUCCAAAUAUGGGCGCAAUACUCCAUCUGGAUUUGCCGGACUUGCCGGGGAACAGUGGAGAGCGUUUCACCUUGCACCGUAACCUUCAAGUUUGUGCGACAAUCCUAAGGUUCAUGAAAACUCCUGUGCAGUUUGCACUCUUCCUAAGAGGUGUACUUGAACAGACUCAUGUUACGCAAAUUCGGGAAGCGUUCGAGCGCAAGAACGUCAAGUUCGGAUACCAAUGUUGGGCCAUGUUCGGGCGAACUACGGAAUGA